AUGGGUACAUCACAGAGCUCACAACAGAAUAUAGAUCAAAGUGAACAAGAAAUGGAGAAAUCUUUAUAUGAAAUCUUGGGGGUUGAGCCUGAUGCUACUGAUGCAGAGCUGAAAAAAGCCUACAAAAAGCAGGCUCUUUUGCUCCAUCCUGAUAGAAAUUUCGACCGCGUUGAAGAGGCUACUACCAAAUUUGCCAAAGUUCAAGCUGCUUAUGAUAUUUUAUCAGAUCCACAGGAACGUGCCUGGUAUGAUUCGCAUGGUUCAGAGGGUCGACCAGGCUCUAACGAACCUGAAUAUGGUGGUAAAAUUACAAAGCAGGAAGAAUUAGAGAGGUAUCUGGAUCCAGCAUUAUAUGUGAAUGUUGCAUCUCAGCCAGAUGAUUUCUACUCUUUAAUAGAUACCUUGUUUCAACAACUGGCGCAAGAAGAGCAUGAAGCAGCAUUGGACGCUGCAGGUGGCAGCGAGAAUACCAAUGAUCUCAAUUUGCCCCAUUUCCCAGCUUUUGGUAAUGCUAAAUCGAACUGGUCUGUUGAGGUUAAACCAUUUUAUGAUAGUUGGUCAUCAUUCUCUUCCAUCAAGUCAUUUGUAUGGGAAAACAUUUAUAGAUCAUGGGACGCUCCUGAUAGAAGAUCUCGUAGAGCCAUGGAGAUCAGGAAUAAGAAAAUACAAGAUGCAGCCAGAAACGAGUUUAAUGUCACAGUUCGAAAUCUUGUCAAGCUAAUAAAACAAAAAGAUCCUCGAGUCAAAGCUCAUAAUAAAAAGAAUCGCAACAAAGCUGACGAUGCGAAUUCUAAGGAGCAGGCAAAAAGAGAUCGUAAGAGGCAUACUGCUAAGAAACAAGAGGAGUACGAGGAGCAAGAGUGGGAAAAAGUCGGCCCUGAUGAUAUUUUAGCCAACAUUAAUGAUGAUUCAGAAGACGACGUGGUGGAUGUGUUCGAAUGUGUUGUAUGUGACAAAAUAUUUAAAAACAAAAAACAGCUCUCUGCACAUGAACUCAGCAAAAAACACAUUAAGAACUUGAAAGAUUUACAAAGAGAGAUGAGAAGAGAGGGUGUUGAGUUGGGAUUCGACGAAGAUAAUGAUAGUUUGAACGAGUCUGAGAAUGAUUUAGAAGAAAAAAUCGUUGAAAAUACCACUUCUGUCGAAUCAGAUUCACCAACACCACCUGAGGUGAGAAAUGGGGGAAACUCGAAACCAAAUGUACAAUCUAGAUUUGCUGCGCUGGACCUUUCUGACAAUGAUGAUGGCGACCAGGACGUAGAGCCAACUCCUGAAAAAAGUCGAAACGACGAAGGUAAAGACGAAGGUAAAGACGACCGUAUAAACGAGGGAACUCAAGGUGACCCCACACUCGAAGACCUACUUGCACAAUUGGAGGACAGUAGAGGCAGCUCAAGAUCGUCUACACCAAAGCCAACGUCAGGAAAGCCUGCCAAAGGAAAAGCAAAACAAAGGAGACAGAAGAAGAACCAGAUUGAAAGCGAGUUUGCAAACAAGUGCUCGGUCUGUCAAACAGUAUUCCCCAGUCGAAAUAAGCUCUUUGAACAUGUUAAAUUGAGCGGUCAUGCAUCGGCCCCUAGGUGA